AUGCAGCUCAAAACCGCUCUCCUCGUCCUCGCCUCCGCGGUCUCGCUGACCGCCGUGGAAGGCCGAUACCUCUGCGACCUGGGCCGCGGCGACUCGCACCCGAUGCAGAAGCCCUACUGCUGCGAGCACGGGUACAAGCCGCAGGACGGCUCCAAAGUGAACUAUAUCGGCAUGGGCUGCAAGGAAAACCCCGAGUUCAACGAAGAGAGAAAGUGUCCUAACGGGAGCACGGUGACGUGCUGCCAUAAGAUUUGGAAUAUAUGUCAUUUAGCAUCAUGGUUGAUCGCUCAAUGGAAAUGCGAUUAUCCAAGUCGAGUCUCUAUGUCCGGGUGUUUACAUUAUCAACUGUACAGAAUCACCAUCCUCGCUCUCGCUCGUCAUUCAAGUGGCUCCUGCGGAAUCUGCUCCUCGGAUACAUCCACGAUCUCCUCCAGGAUCGGGUCCUCGGGCGUCGACGCCUCCGGGGUCGACUCGGACGUCGAUGAUGAUGACGACGACUCCUCCGGGACCACCAAGCUCAUCGAGUUCAGCAGCAGCUCCUCGCAAUCGCAAUCGCAUGACGUUGUUCCGGGCGGUGAUGGCCUUGUGCAGGGCCGUGCGCCCAAAGUCGUCCGGGAUGUUGACGUCCGCGCCCCGCUGGAUCAGAAAGUCGACCAUCUUCCGCCGGCCCUCCUCUGUCGCUUUGUGCAGCGCCGUCUCGCCCGAGUUGUUCGUCACAUUGACGUCCAUGUCGGUGUCCACCAGCAUCGGCACGAUCUUCCGCAGCCCGGCCGUGACGGCAAAAUGCAGCGGCGUAUCGCCCUGCUCGUCCUGCGGCGUCAUGCCGUCGUGCGCCGCCACGUCCACCUGCGCGCCGGCCUGCAGCAGAAACCCUGUCAGACCGACGUCGCCGUCGCGCGCCGCCACAUGCAGACUCGUCAGGCCGCCGGGAUCGCGCACGUUGACAUUGGCGCCCUUCUGCAGCAGCACAUGCAGCAUGCGGAUGCCGCGCUGGGUGCGGUCGCAGACGACCAGCGCAAACAACAGCGGCCAGCCGUACUCGCCGCACGGCGAGUUAAUGUCCGCGCCCUUGCGCAAGAGGUACUUGACGACCUCGACAUGGCCCAUGCGCCCGGCCUGGUACAGCGGCGUGCCACGCGGGCCGCGUUUUUUCGCCGUCUGCUCGUCGUUGUCGUCGGCCGCGGGCGGCUGCGCGUCGACUUUCGCCCCGUGGCGGAUGAGCUGCUUCACGACCGGCAGAUGGCCGUUACGCGCGGCGUACCACAGCGGCGUCAGCCCGGCCUCGUCGCCGUCGUCCACCUGGACGCGUCCCGAGCGCAACAGCAUCACGACGAGUUCCUCGUGACCGCGUUCGGCGGCGCGGAGCAGCGGCGUGCGCCCGCGCGCGUCCUUGACGGAUGGGGGCGAUUGGCCCAGUUUGGUGUCUUGGGCGUUUACGUCGACCAGGCCGGUGGCCAGCAGAAGGGCGAGGACCUUGUCAUGGCCGGCUUCGGCAGCCCAGGAGAGUGCGCUGCGGCCGUCCUCGUCGCGGCAGUCGAUGUCGACACUGGGGGUGUUGAUGAUUUGGUUGACAACGGAGUCAUAGCCUUUACUGGCGGCGAGAAAGAGCGCAAUCUCGAGCUUGCUCUUUGGCUGUGA